AUGCCGACAAAGUCAUCAUCGUGGAUCCAGGAGCUUCCUCGGAGUCCGGUGAAGUCCGCCCGGAAGCCCGUGGCCGCCGACGGCACGGCGGGGGACGAAGCGUUCGGCAACAACCAGAGCAACGGUGGAGGUGGUCGCCCGUCGGCCGGGGUUUUGCCGCUGCGGCACCGCAUCGGUGACAUCUUCCGGACCCGCCUCAAGCUGGCCGGGGCGGCCGCGUUGCGCUCGUUCAGCGGAAGCUUCCCCCAGGACUGUCCGAUCCACGCGGACGAGGAGAGCACCGUUUCACCCGCGACACCAGCCAAACACGGUCCGGACAAGGCGUUGCCGCUCGAUGGCUCGACGAUGGUUAAUGAGCGGCCCGUGGCCCGUCCCGAGCGACCCUUCACCGACCGGACCAGUACCUUGAUCGGUGCCAGCAGCAGUAGUAGCGGGGCCACCGGUUCGGCCAUCCUGCGAGCCCGCCGUAGUUCGACAAUAUCCCGCCAGCGGACGGUCCACCGCACGCCGAGCAGCGGGAGUCCCAAACUGGGUGUUGACGACGCCACGGUUGAAGGCGAAACUGGCUACAGUGAACAGCAUCAGCAGAAGCAGCAGCAACCGCGGAAAGAGGACCAAAGCAAGCCCAAGCUGAACGAGACGCUCCCGGUGGCUGCCGCACCUUCCCGGAUGGUGGACUACCAUCACCCUGGCGCCCGUUCCCUCGACGUCCCUCCACAGGAUGGCGCGGGUCGCCCGGGGAAAGUGGACGGCCUUGGCCGUGGUGCUGCGGCACCGCCAGUGAUUCUCGCUGCCAACCCAGUGGACGAGAUCGUCGUCGGGAAGCCACCGAGCCAUCGGGAACGGAUCAACUCUACCUCACACUACUCGACCGAGAAGAGUGGCUCGUCGGGGUACUACAGCACCAACGUCUACUCGACCGGCGGUUCGUCGGUGGACGAGCACAUCUACUGCGAACCGAUCGAUCGGCGCCCACAGCCGGCGGACCAAAAGACUUCCCAUCCGGCAACGGGCAAUGCGUGCGCCGGUGGGACCGUGGCGGGACACCUGGUGCGGAAACGGCGUGCCACCGACCAGGAGGCGCCGGCGGAGCUCCAACAUAGCGUGGGGCGCGGUCUGGAGCAAUACUAUUACCCCGCGUCAUCGUUGGCCGUACCGGCUCAUCCGGUGCAGCUGAGUGUCCUCCGGGCGGCCACCACAAACCAGCAACAGCAACCUGCGCUAGCGUCCCCGACGUCACUGGAGGUCCCGGGCUCGGGUCCGGGCUGUAGUUCGGUCGAGCAGCCACUGUCGAUCAUCAUGGAGGGCACCGAUGGUCAGAUUCCGCGGCCAAUCUGGCCUCUCGACAUCGACGACUCGCUGAUGGACAUUAACCUCGAGUCGUUCCGGAUGGCGGAGCACAGCAGCCAGAACCUGAUCGGGUUCGAGAGCCCGGCGCUCUCGUCGAUCUCGGACAACGAGGUGUACCGCGAGGGCAGCGGCCCACCACCGUCGGGGCCAGCUCCCGAGCUGCCCGAGCUUCCGAUGCGCAAAAAGUCCCAGUACGAGGAGUACCUCGAGUUCCACAACACGCGCAACAUCCUCGAGCAGAUACGCGGGAAGCUGAACACACUGCUGGAACAGCGGGCCGAUCAGCAGCAGCAGCAGCAGGACCCGACCAAAAGGAUCUCGCCCAGCCACGGCACCAAUCCGUUCACCAGUGCGUCGGAACUGGAGCGGAACAUCGCCGUCCUGAAGGCGGAUCUGGACGGUUACCUGCGCACGAUGAACCAGAAGAACGAGAGCGAGAUCGGCCGAUUCUGUAAGGGUAUGAGCCGGGAGCCAAAGGUGGUGGCGGUGCAGAAUGCGGUCGAGCAGCGGAAUCGGUCGCGCUCGGGCUCGAUCCUGAGUCUCGAGCCGGACUACGAGCUCCUGGAGCGUGGACCUCCUGCGUUGCCUGCCAGCCAGACUUACAAUACGUCUAGUGGGGAAGCAUCGUUCCUGCCGUACUACCAGGUGCUGGCCCCGGAAGGACGUCCCCCGGCCGCACUGCCUGCGUCGGUGGUCAGCGGGUCGGGAGUGUACGGCGGGACGGCCCUGUUGCUGAACCGCCGGAGUCCACCGAAUCCGUUCGCGCAGGAAGUGCGCAGCAGUCAACUGCUGCAGACCGGCAUGGCGGCCACGUCGGACGGAGGACUUCAUUCGCUGGGCUGCAACCAGCGGUUCCUGAAUAAUGACGAAAUUCGGGUUUGCAGCCGUUACGGGGGUUGCGAGCGGACCGCGGACAACGUGGCGAUCGAUAUGCCCGAUGGCGUGGAUGACGACGAUGACAGCUACGUGGGACCGUAUGAGGGGCGCAGUGUUAGCUGCUGUCAGCACCACGCGGGUGACGAGCGGCACAGUGACAGUCGGAGUGUCAGUAUCGGAAUGCCGGAAUGUGAUCCGGACGAUCACAAGGGCCCGUUAGGGGUCACGGUGGGGCACGGUGCUGGUGGUGCGCGGAGAACCGUCCGCAUCAGUGAUGGCGGCAGUGAGGAGGGCAAGCGAAAUGGUGAUAGUGGCGGCAGUGAGAGUGGCGACCGCCAGAUGGCGCACUGUGAUUUCAGUCAGCUCCAGCGGAACAUCACGCUCGAGCGCAUCAUCCUGAUGGAGAGCCUUGGCAAGGCGCGCACCGGCCAGUUCAUUGGGGACAAGGAGAAGAUGCUGCUCGAGUGGCACCAGAACAAGCCGAGCUGCUGGGAGCUGUACUAUGGCGCGAACCGGGAGGAACACAAGCCCCACCAGUCGCUCAUCCGGAAGAUGAAGCUGGGGCGCAAGAGUACGGUGUGCAUUUCUUACCCCUCGACGCGUCCCGAAUCCGACUUCACGCUGGACGUACCGCGGGCCGAGCAGUUGCGGCUCAAGAUGAAGAAGGAAAAGCAGCUCCGCAGUCGGUGCCGCUGGUUUUUCUACUUCCUCAGCGUCGUGUUUUUCCUGCUCUCGGUGAUGGUGGUCAGUUUGGUGUUGACCCGUGGCAAGCGGAUGUUUGGCAGCAUGAUCUAG